UGACAGGGGCCGGGAAUGUGCGGGAUUUGCUGGUCAGGACCGGGAUCCGCAGGAAAGAGCCGCCCUUAGCCCAGGCUGGGGGACAGCGGCGCCGGCAGGAGCGGCCGGGCGGAGCGCGGGCACGGGGGAUUCCCUCCGAGAUGGACACGCUCUAUGGCAGGAAUAAGGAAGAGCACCCAGAGCCCAUAAAAGCUGAGGUGCAGGGGCAGCUGCCCACAUGGUUGCAAGGGAUGCUGCUCCGAAAUGGCCCAGGGAUGCACACCAUAGGGGACAGCAAGUACAACCACUGGUUUGAUGGCCUGGCUCUGCUGCACAGCUUUACAUUUAAAAAUGGUGAAGUUUACUACAGAAGUAAAUUUCUCCGAAGUGACACAUACAACUGUAACAUAGAAGCAAACAGAAUCGUGGUGUCUGAAUUUGGGACUAUGGCUUAUCCAGAUCCAUGCAAAAACAUAUUUGCUAAGGCAUUCUCCUAUUUGUCUCACACCAUUCCUGAGUUCACAGACAACUGUCUGAUCAACAUUAUGAAAGCUGGGGAUGAUUUUUAUGCUACUGGUGAGACUAACUUCAUCAGGAAAAUUAAUCCACAGACUCUGGAGACAUUGGAGAAGGUUGACUACAGCAAAUAUGUAUCUGUAAAUCUGGCAACUUCUCACCCACACUACGACAGUGCUGGAAAUGUUCUCAACAUGGGCACUUCAAUAGUUGAUAAAGGGAAGACAAAAUACCUUCUAUUUAAGAUUCCUUCCUCUGUACCAGAACAAGGAAAGAAGAAAUCUUGUUUCAAGCAGCUGGAAGUGGUUUGCUCCAUCCCUUCUCACUCUCUGCUCCACCCCAGCUACUACCACAGCUUUGGAAUCACAGAGAACUACAUUGUCUUCAUAGAGCAGCCCUUCAAACUGGAUAUUCUCAAAAUGGCAACUGCUUACAUGCGAGGUGUCACCUGGGCUUCCUGCCUGGCCUUUAAUAAGGAUGAUAAGACUUGGUUUCACUUUAUAGACAGGAGGACUAAAAAAGAAGUGCCCACCAAGUUUUACACUGAUGCUCUGGUGUUUUUUCAUCAUGUAAAUGCUUAUGAAGAGGAUGGCCACAUUGUUUUUGAUAUUAUUGCCUACACAGACAAUAGCUUAUAUGACAUGUUUUAUUUAAAAAACCUGAAUAGAGACUUUGAAAAGAAUGCCAAACUUACCUCCAUACCAACCUGCAGAAGAUUUGUGGUUCCUCUUCAGUAUGACAAGGAUGCUCUAGUGGACUCUAAUUUAGUCACACUUCCCUCUACUGCAACUGCUGUAAAGGAGAAAGAUGGAAGCAUCUAUUGCCAACCUGAAAUACUAUGUGAAGGGAUAGAACUGCCUCGCAUCAACUAUGACUACAAUGGCAAAAAAUACAAGUAUAUCUUUGCAACACAAGUCCAGUGGAGUCCAGUUCCUACAGAGAUUGCAAAAUUUAAUACCCAGACAAAGGAAAUGGUCCAGUGGAGAGAGGAUGACUGCUGGCCAUCCGAGCCUGUUUUUGUUCCCAACCCUGAUGGAAAAGAAGAGGACGAUGGUGUUGUUCUGACCUGUGUUGUGAAGUCUGAUCCAAAGGAUCCACCCUUCCUACUUAUCUUGGAUGCUAAAACUUUCACAGAGCUGGGUCGAGCCAUAGUAAAUGUGGACAUGCAUAUGGACCUGCAUGGAAUAUUUAUACCACAGCAAGACAUGAAAACUGAGACUGAGUAAAAUCUAUUUGUUGCAUUGCACUACUGAAUGUGGGAUAAUGUCCUUCAGGAACAGCCUUCUCUUAUGAUAAGAAAUGACUAAUUAUAACCUCCUCAAUAUCUACAUAUGGUCUCUUAAAAGAGACAAAAAUUACUUUACUACAAAUCAUUGUGUGCACAACUGGUAUAUCACUAUUCCAAAAGAAGAAUUAUCAAUAUGAAGUGCUAAUGUUGAAUACAGCUUGUGGAGCAAGGGCAAUAAAUGUUUUAUUUGAGUAGAACAAAGCUUUCUGAGCAAAAGAAGUACUGUAUUCAUAGGGUGACACAGGGCAUGAGUUACACAUGUCUGCAGGUCAUGUAACUUCCAUGGGCUGUUGAAAGACUGCAGCUGACAAUGAAAGUUGUCUCCUGCCAGAAAACCUCAUGUUAAACUGGUGAUACCAUUGGUAUCAUGGUGAUACCAUGAUACCAAUAAUUCAUGGCAAUAUAUUCUCUUGGUGCUUGAUUUCUUAAACUCUGCCAUAACCAAAGUAUUAUGCUGAGGUGCUAUAUUUUUCUUAUCCAGAACCUAACCCUUCCCCCAGCUUUUCUAAUAGUUUCAUGGUGUAUUUUUCACUUUUACAUUGACAAAACCAAGUAACUUUAUUGAAAAAGAGUACAUGGUUAUAUGCAGCAUUCAAUCAUACUUUAGUGACAUUCAACCUUAAGCAGUUUGUAUUUGAAUCAGUUUUCCUUGGGCAGAAUAUCUGCCAUUGCAUUUCAUGUAAUUAGAUUAUUAUACUGUGUAAAAGAGAAGAAGAAUUGUAGUAUUUGCUACUGCCACUAGUCUGUUAAUAGCAGUAUGUAUGUGAAUGUGAGCAGUGUAUUUCUAGCAGAACUCAGACACACAUGCACAACAAACAGUUUAGGAAAGAGUGAAAGAUGUAAUUUAGGCCUCAUCUGAACCCCACAGUAGCAGAAACUAGAAGCUGUUAUUGCCAUUACAAAGCAUUUGCUUUAUGUCUGCUUAGGAGUAUCCAUGUUCUCACAUGUGUUGAUUCUUGCCUGUACCAGAUGCUUCCUAAUAAAAUUGCACAACUUUCACUUACAGCUACAAUUAAAAUGAACAUUUCAACAUAAAGUUCAAGUGCCAAGCACAGUGUGAUGGGUUCUGUUACAGAAAUGGCAUUUUUUACCCCCCAAUUGUAUUCCUGAUACUGACUUUUCUUUAAGUGCGAGCUUUUUUUGCUUUGAAUUUUGUUUUCUCAUUGUAGAUAUCUUUGCUGUUGGAGCAUCUUUACUGAUGGAGAAAACCAGGUGUAUAUCCAUCCAUUUUGGGUGUCCAUCUGGUCUGUCUGUAUCACCACACAGCUCAGGUACCUCUUUGGCACACAUAUACCCUCAGUGCCUCAGCUGCUCACAGUAUUUCAUAGGAAGGAAACAGAAUGAAAUUAUUUUCAUUUACUACCUCCCUACCACCUGAGAAUCUGUGCUUGGUGACCUGUUUGGGAUUACCUAAGGUGUUUGUAGCAGAGCAGGAACUGAACCAACAUCAUCCACAGUUCCUGACUACUCUGUAACAACCAGAUCUCUGUUGCUCUGCUUAAGUCUUUGCACUUUGUUAGGAUAAAGAUAUGCAGACUAUUUUUAAUGCAAAAAAAAAAAUCUAACACUGUGGUCAGAUCUAGUUAAAAUAUGCAGGUUUGAGUGUUCAAAUGCUUACACAUUCCUUAAAAUGGAAAUAAAUAUUUCAAUAAGGUGUGUCUGCAGAAAUAGUCACUUUUAGUGUUUUCAAGGGCUAUUACCAUUAGUAUUUAAUAGAAAUUUAUCUUCUAAAGAAGAAAUUUAAUUCAAUUUUUGUAAAUAAUAUGGAACAAGUACUGGAAGAGAAGAUUGACUCAUGAUAUUGGCAAAAGACAUCAGCUCUGGCAUUGUUUCUUUUCAUAUGAAAAAGUUUGGAUUUAACAAAGGUCACAAAUACAUUUCUAGAAUUACAAGGUGGCAAUGCAUCAAAAGUCUAACCAUUGUUACAGAUUUUCUUCUAAGAGUUUGUCUCUAGAAUUUCUUCUGUAGUACUCACAGGGUUGUUUUGGGAUAAUCAUAGAUUUGGAUAGGAGUUAGUUCACUUAUGAGGGGAUAAUUUUUACUGGUAGAGAUGACAGGAUAGGAGAUAUACUCAUCAUAAAAACAACCUGUAGUCUCAAAAAGCAAAUGUGUUAUUUACAAUCAUGUAGAAAUAAUGCAGAAAAUAAAUUAUAAGAACUUAUCUUGGAUGUGAUUUUUAAAUGAGAUGUACCCUAUUCCCUUGGUCAGUACUUCACAAGAUUUGAUUAAGUUUGUAGUUAAUCUGAGGAGAAAAACAGUGAUGCAAAUCUGCAUUUGCUAAUCCCAGUAUCCUCCUGCAGCAGAGACAAUAGGAAUAAAACCCUACAGCUAAUCACAAA